UUAUGCCCUCGUCGUCGUUUCCCCUCAUCAUGUUCAUGUCACCUCUCGCCACGUUCCCAGACCAAUGUCAUAGGAUGAACACUGCUGGUGGGGUGUGUCUGUCUGUGCUGUCCUCUCUCCUGGCCGUGGCUGGGGCUCUGGCUGCCGUGUCUGCCCUCGCUCUAGCUCCUCUCUCUGCCCUGGCUGACGCUGCCUAUGGGGCUGCCGAUGGCAUCCCCAGCACCGGGGCAGAGGGGGCCCCCUCACCCGUCUCCACAACAUGCUCCAGCCUUGUAGCUGGGGUGCUCUAUGGGUCUUUCUCCCUACGGGAGCUGUUUCCCUCCAGGGCACCGGGCUGUUCCUGGUCCCUGGAAAACCCAGAUCCCACCAAGUACUCCCUCUACCUCCGCUUCACCCGUCACCCUGUCAUCUGUCGGACACACUCCCCCAUGCUCCUCUCCCUCGAUCACCAUCUAGCAAAUCAAAGCUGUCCCCUACAUUUACAGUCGGACGCUGCCAGGGAUCAGGAGGUCAUUAACCUCUGUGGCAGCCAAUCUAACUCAGAUGGACCUUACUCCUUCUUACAGUUUGAUAAAAACUUUGUCCAAUUAUGUCUCACGAGACACCCAGCUGCUGAUGAGCCUCAGGUAACCAAGGAAUUGCUGGAGCUGAGACUGGUGGAGGUGUUGCUCAUUAAUAACGAGAACUCCAGUCAGUUUACCUGUGGCGUGCUCUGCCGAUGGUUUGAGGAGUGUUUACGCACAGGACACAAUGGAGAUCAGGAGGCUUCUGACGCGGAUGGUUGCGGGAUGACCCAGACAGGAUGUAUCUGUCCAAACCACAACAUCAUGGCACCACCUGUUCCGCUGAUCCCGGAGACGCCCCACAGCUUCAGCAAUGGUUCGCUGGUUCCAGAUGACUGCUGUGUCACUGAGCUGCAUUCCAAUGAUGCGAUCGCUAUAGCACCCAGAGAUGUCCGACAAGAUCCGUAUGAUGAUGAUCUAAAGGUGAAGACACAGAGGCCACGAUCAGCCGACCAGCCAGGUGUGUUUCAGGCACAAACAGGUGACCCUGCAGCAGAGGAGUGGUCACAGUGGAGUGUGUGUUCCCUCACAUGUGGGCAAGGCUGGCAAGUGAGGACGCGCUCGUGCGUUUCUUCGCCCUACGGGACGCUGUGCAGCGGCGCCCUGAGGGAAACACGCAUGUGCAAUAACACGGCUUCCUGCCCGGGUGACCCUGGGAUCACAGGCACAGUGCAUGGGCUGUGGGACGAGUGGUCGUCAUGGAGUCUGUGCUCUGUGACCUGUGGGCGGGGCUCCAGGACACGAACCAGGAAGUGUGUGAACGGAGGCGAGGCCGCGGCUUGCGGACGGCCCGACAUUCAGACCAAACUCUGCAACAUUGCAGUGUGUCCUGUGGAGGGCCAGUGGUUGGACUGGGCGCCGUGGUCCAGGUGCAGCGUGACGUGUAACACGGGAACCCAGGAGAGGCAGAGACGCUGCAGCUCGUCGGUGCACGGCUGGGCUGAAUGUAAGGGCCCCCAUCAGGAGAGUAGAGACUGCGUCAACCCUUCAUGUGGUGGUGGAGGUAACUGGGGCAGCUGGAACCACUGGAGUCUCUGCAGCAAGACAUGUGACUCGGGUUGGCAGCGUCGUUUCAGGAUGUGUGAGGGCACCGGUGCACAGGGCUACCCCUGUGAUGGCUCAGGAGAGGAGGUUCGCUCCUGCAACGAGAAGAAGUGCCCCGCUCCUCAUGAGAUAUGUAAAGAUGAGCAUCUUCUCUCGAUGUCAUGGAAGAGAGCCUCAGCUGGAGAAACCGUCUACAACAAGUGUCCAACUAACGCCACUGGAUCUGCUAGUCGUCGUUGCAUGCUGGACAUUAAUGGAGUUGCUUUCUGGGGUCCUCCGAGCUUCGCCAGAUGCGUCUCACUUGAAUUUAGAUAUUUACAUUUAUCUUUACGAGAGCAUCUCGCGAAGGGUCAGAGGACCCUGGCCGGGGAGGGCAUGUCUCAGAUCGUAAGGAGUCUCCUGGAGCUCUUGCAGAGGAGGAGCUACUACAGUGGCGACCUUCUCUUUUCCACGGAGAUCCUGCGAAAUGUGACGGACACCUUCAAAAGAGCAACCUACAUCCCAGCUCCCGACGACGUGCAGAAAUUCUUCCAGAUAGUCAGUCACAUGUUGGACAUGGAAAAUCUAGAGAAAUGGGAAGACGCUCACCAGGUCGCUCCCGGUGCCGCUUUGCUGAUGAGGACAUUAGAGGAUUUCAUUCACCUCAUCGGAGAAGCCCAGAAGCCUUUUCAGAGUUUUCUAGUGGUUACUAACAAUCUCAUGAUAACCAUCCAACGAGAGCCGGUGUCAGCAGUUUCGAGUGAUAUCAACUUCCCCAUGAGGGGCCGGAGGGGGAUGAAGGACUGGGCCAGAACUGCAGAGGACAAGCUCUACAUCCCUAAAGAGGUCUUCACCAUCCCCACAGAAGAGACAGAGACGGACUCGGAGUCGACGAUGUACUACGUCAUUGGAGCCAUCUUGUACCGAACGUUGGGCGUCAUCCUGCCUGUGCCAAAUCCCCCUGCGGUGAUCAACUCCAAGAUCCUGACUGUGACAGUGCGUCCGGAACCGCAGCCGAGCGAGCCCAUGGUGGUGUUGGAGCUGUCACAGCUUUUAAAUGGUACAUCAGAUCCUCAGUGCGUUGUCUGGGACUAUGGCAACCCGGAAGCUGGCGCCGAAAACUGGGGCACAGAAGGCUGCCAAACGCUCGCGUCAACCACUGUCCACACCAAAUGCCUGUGCAGCAGGAUAUCCACCUACGCCGUGUUAGCGCAGCAAGCUAAAGACCCGGUGAGUCACUGCGAUGCAUGGCCUGACGAACUCAUGUAG